AUGGACGUCAACGUGGAGUUUGGGGAUCGCAUCUCAGAUGUGGUCGUUACCGUUAGCUUGUCCUUGGGAGCAGCGCUGUCGUUUAUGAUUGACCAGGCUUGUCGCACGACAGCCAGCGAGGUUCAGCUCGUCCAGGUUGUGCAGGCUGAGCACCUGCAGCACUACACGCAAAAGGGGUGGUGGCGGCGGUCCUAUUUGCGCCGGGUUGUCACCCGCAUUGGUUUGGGGCUGGGGCUGAUCGAGCUAUUACCAGAGUCUCGCGGCGACGACCAGCGCGCCAUUUUUGCAAGUUUGCAGCGUGCUGCCGAUGAUGAAGCUGCCAAUCCCAAGGAAGACGAGAUCGGGGGGGAUCGCCGAGCGGGAGCAUCAGGAGCGAUGGUGGCCCGUCGCGUGGUGCUGGUGUGGGCCUUGGUGGCUACGGUGGCUACGGUGGCUCAGGCAGCAACAGUCAUCAACUUCAACUACGGCUGGCGCUUUCGCUACGGCCCCAGUCCGGACGGGGGCACUGGGCCCAAUGCUCACUGUGACUAUCAAGAGUACUACAAUGGUACCUACACACUGCUAUGUGGUACGUUGGCACUGCCGCUGAUAUUCUUGGCCGAGGCAGCUAUCAUGAGCGGAUCUCCUCACGGCAGCCUCUUUCAGUGGCGCAUCGAUGCCAGCAACCGCCGCUGCUAUCAUGGCGGUAACACCUCGACCUGUUCUUUUAAUGGCACGGCCGCAGCCCUGAAUGGCGGUCGCCGUACAUCAGUGCCUUCCUUGCGUACAUCCUAUGACAACAGCGCCGAAAAUCUUGAUGAUAGCGCCUGGCAAACUGUUGAUGCUCCCCAUGAUGUUGGUUGCCUCUUUAUCAUUGAGAACGCACACUUCUCACCCAACAAUGACUUUCGUCACGGCUCGUUUGAGCGCAACGUCAGCUGGUAUCGAAAGCAUUUUGCUCUCAGCUCCGACAUGCUCGUCAACACCUCGGUGUUGCUCCGUUUUGAGGGGGUCUUUCACUUUGCUCAGAUCUGGCUCAACGGCGAAUAUCUGGCAGCCCACAGCUGCGGCUAUACCGAGUUUACCGUUCCCUUGCACAACGCAUCUUCCGUGCGCACAGGUCACAACGUUCUAGCCGUGCGCGUUGACGCAUCCUAUGGCAGUGGUCAUUGGUACGAAGGAGGCGGUUUGUACCGCCCGGUCCAACUGGUCAUCGCCCCACGCAUGGCUGCCAUCGUGCAGGGUGGCUUCUUCGUUGAUCCUGAAAUCAGCCAACAAGCCGUGAGGGCAUCACUCGAGUUUGAGCUGGACCAAGGCGUGGAUGUCAGUCGGGUGCAGGCGCUUUUUGUCGUGAGCAAGUUUGAUGGCACCGUGUUGAGCACGACCAGCUGCUCUGGCUCGAGCGCCGUGGCGACGGGCAACUCCCAUACAUGCCACGCUUUGUUGAAUGUCGCAAACGCAAGCCUAUGGAGCAUCCAGCGCCCAACCCUGUACAUGGCCACGGCCACGCUCCUCUUGGACACGGUUGCAAUAGACAGUGCCAAAACGCAGACGGGCUUUCGUUUCACUAAUUGGACGGGUGCCAGUGGGUAUUGGCACAAUGGUGUGCACUUGAAUUUUCGUGGCUUCAGCAACCACAACAGUUUGACUGGGAUUGGCGUCGCCAUGGCGGAUCGUGUGAAUUUGGUCCGCAUUCAAUCACUGCGUGCACUUGGCGCCAACAUCUGGCGCAUGAGCCACAAUCCGUAUCGCAAGUCGCUCUAUGACAUGCUGGAUGCUGCUGGCGUGCUGGUUUGGGAUGAGAAUCGUGACUAUGGCCUUGAAUAUGUUCAGGAAAUGCACGAUAUAGUGAAGCGCGAUCGAAAUCACCCGUCCAUCAUCGUGUGGAGCCACUGCAAUGAAGUGGAGUGCGACCAAAACGAUAACCGAACCGGAAUUGCAUACUCGGCGCAAGCUCGAGCCCUUGAUCCAUCGCGACCCCUGGCAGCCAACGGCUUUACAGCCGCCUUGGACGUACAAGGCUUCUCACACAGCAAGAACAACACCUUCAUCCAGUGGCAUGCCGAGUAUCCAACCGAGCCCACGGUGCUCAGCGAGUGUUGCAGUUGUACCUCCCAGCGCAAUCCCGCCGAGGAUCGUCUCAUCAGCUCGUGCAUCCGUGAUCAAAACUCACCGGGCCUCCUACCCUAUGUCACGGGUUCGCUCGGAGUGUGGACGCUGACAGACUACUAUGGAGAGCCCGCAGGAUCGUACCCCAGCAUCAGCUCCAGCUUUGGGCAAUUUGAUCUGGCCAUGUUUCCAAAGCAGCACGCCUACUGGUACCGCGUCAAUUGGCUAGCCAUGAUGGACACCACAGACGCCGGGCGCCCGCCCUUGCCAUCGCUGGAUCUGGUGCACGUGGAGGAUUUGCCCAAUUAUAUUCAAGUGGACAAUCGCACAGCCACAAUCAACCUCAUCUCUUCUCUACCCUAUGUGGAAGUAGUGGGCGACAAUCACUCCUCCGGGAUUCAGGCCGUGGUGGUCGGAAUGUCCAAUGCCCUGACGUUGCCCGUCUCCAACAAGCCUGGAGGUUGUGACUUUCCCAUCUUGGCAACCACGCAGUGCCACGGUUUGAAGCAAGACACGAUUUCCCAGAGUGCAUCGGCGUGCGAGGCAGCGUGCUGCGCUGAGGCGAGCUGUUCCAUUUGGCAGUAUCAAGAUGGCUCGGGUUGCUGGCGAGGCGUGUAUGAGCCUGCUUCAUGCUACAAUAGCAGUCGGGCUAAAAAUCUUACCUGGGUUGGAGCGGCCCGCACCGCGCCCCCGGUGUUUCAAAGAUUAGUUGCGCGCGGGUAUGAUCAGCAGCAUCAACUGCGAGCUGAGCACACUUUGGUGGGCCCCAUGGCUCCGAGCCAACUGUCGUUGGUGGUGGAUGCACCCGCGGCCAGCACGGGCACGGGCACGCACCUUUACUUGGACGGAGAGGACACGGCCAUGCUGCAUGUGGCCCUGCAGGACGAGCAGGGGGCGUUGGUAACGCUCAGCUCCGCGAAUGUCUCGUUUGCCGUGGUCAGCGGCCCAGGCCGCCUGAUCGGCGUGGGAAAUGGUGACCACAUGUCCCUGCACAACCCCAAGGCGCAAAACGCUACCACCUACUUUGGCCUCGUGCGCGCUUACGUGCAAGUGACGCUGGACUGCGUUAGUGCCCACCGUGGCCUUGUAGCCAAUGUGACGCUCGAUCGCGGAUUUGUGGACGUGGACGUCGGUGACUGCUCGGGCGCGCAGGACAUUGUUGUGGAAGCCAGCGCGCCCGGCUAUCCGAGCACCACAGUUCACAUCCCCGUCUCAUCGGACGCUGUACAUGCCCCAAUCCAGGUGGCGCGGCAGCCCUUGAACUACACCUACAUGGACCACGACUACUAA